UGUAGAUACAACUCUGAAAUUGGAAAAUUACAUCAGUUGGUCAAGUGAGCUAACCUUCUUUAGUGAACCCUGCCCCAACAGCUGUUGAUAGAUUCCAUUGAGCUUCACAUCAUCUUUCAUUCAUUGCAAAAAGCAAGAGGGAUGGUACUGUUGUAUUAUUAGUCACCUCUUCAAGAAAUCAGUAACUUCAUUAGUUUUCUGAAUAAUUUGUACAUAUAACAAAAUUUUCAAAGCUUUUGAAGAAAAGUACUAAAAUGGAACCCGAUUACAAUGAAGACACAGAGUGGAAUGAUGUUUUGCGUGCCAAAGGUAUUAUUCCCCAAAAACCUAAAGAAGCUGAAAUCACCGAGGAUCAAAUUCAGGCAAUGAUUGAUGAGACGAUACAAAAGCGCACUGAUUUGGUCGAUGGCCGCAAGAAUAUGGAGGAUAUGAAUUUGGAUGAACUGGACGAAUUGGAAGAUUCCGAAGAUGAGGAGGUUUUGGAACGUUAUCGACAGCAGCGCAUAGCAGAAAUGAAAGCCUUUGCAGAAAAGGCCAAAUUUGGCUCGGUCAGAGAAAUAGCUGGCACUGAUUAUGUGGAUGAAGUGACGAAGGCAGGAGAAGGCAUUUGGGUGGUAUUGCAUUUGUAUGCCAACGGUGUGCCCCUAUGUGCAUUGAUUCACCAUCAUAUGCAGUCGUUGGCAAUGCGUUAUCCCCAAACCAAAUUUCUACGUUCAAUAGCCACUACCUGCAUACCAAAUUUUCCCGAAAAGAAUUUACCCACUAUUUUCGUGUACCAUGAAGGGCAAAUGAAGAAACAAUUCAUUGGGCCCCUUGAGUUGAGAGGUGAAAAAUUGACACAAGGUGAACUGGAGUAUUUGUUGGGUCAAGCCGGAGCUGUGCCUACAGAGAUUAAAGAAGAUCCCAAACCACGCAUAAAGGAUAAAAUGUUUGCUGACUUGGAAAAUCACGUAGAAUUUGAUUGAUGGUCUACACUUAUUAAAAGUAUUUUUUAUUAGGCAAUAUUUUAUUUAAAUCAAUGAGAAGUACACUAUUUGUAUUUACAACAGAAAAAUA